UAAAAAAUUGAGAGAAACUUGAGUUACUCUGCAACAAUGGCGGAACCAGCAUCCAAAUCCAGAAUGGUGUUAGCAGAAGAAACAAUGGCGGAACCAGCAUCCAAAUCCAGAAUGGUGUUAGCAGAAGAAACAAUGGCGGAACCAGCAUCCAAAUCCAGAAUGGUGUUAGCAGAAGAAACAAUGGCGGAACCAGCAUCCAAAUCCAGAAUGGUGUUAGCAGAAGAAGGAUGUUCAUAUUUUCCGGAGGAAAUACUGGAUUGCAUCUUCAAAUCCCUCAACGGCCACCGCCGCACUUUCAAGUCACUCUCCGUCGUCUCCAAACAAUUUCUCGCCAUCACAAACCGUCUCCGAUCCUCCGUUAAAAUCACCGACCAAACCAUCCCUUAUCUUGAUCGCCUCUUCCAACGCUUCCCUAACCUCACAUCCCUCAAAAUCACUAUCCAAUCCAAAACCAUAGAAGAACUGGACGAUAUUCUAACCCUAAUCUCCACUUUCCCUUUACACAAGGUCAAAUCGCUCAAUCUCUCCACCAGACCCAUUCAUAUUCACUCUAAUGGGUUGAUAGCUUUGGCCAAAACCAUGAAAAAUUUGAAAUUUCUCACUUGUUACAAAAUGGUUAAUGUAGAAAAGAAUGAUUUAUUCUUCAUCGCUGGUUGUUUUCCUUUGCUCGAAGAACUCAAUCUCAGUUAUCCCCGUUUUCGUUGUAGCCGAGAUUUUGAGCUGCAAGCUUCUGCGAGUCGUCAUACUCAAGAAACGGAGUACAGGCACACUUGGAAAUCCCAAAUAUGAUAGGAGUGAUAUAAUAUAUUUUUAGUUCAAGUUUAUCAAGUUUGUAUGCAUAUUGUUUUUUUUAAUCAAGUUUAUCAAGUUUGUUUUGUAUUUGUAUAUUCUCAGCAUAUUGCUUUUGAUUUAUAUCAGUGUUGGUAGCUUUUACCUAUUCCUCUUAGUUUACCAAAUCAGUGCCUAUUUCUCAUUGUGUAUAUACCCAAAGCUGCAACUAUCUAUGCAACUAUCUAUUAAUAUUUCUUGUUUCUAUUUAUUUGCAAUGGUAAUAGUUUCUGCUUGAUCAUAUUAACCUAAUGGCAGAAACGUGAUAGGAUCCGAUAGACGGGUUGGUGAGAAGAAGAUUGUGGAUCCGAAAGACGGGUUGGUGAAGAAGUUGUCAGUUAACCUUUCAUGAUUGUCAGUUGAUGAUGUUUGAUAUAUAAUCUUUUGCUUGCUUCUUGAUAUUGAGAUAAAAUCUAUCACUGUCAUAUGAUUGUAGUUUUGUGCCAGUGUGGGCAUCGUUAUGCGGUUAAAUGCAACACUUUGUGGUUUCAUAUUGGAUUGAAACAAAC